CCUCCGCCCCCCCCUCGCUUCCUCCGCGCGGUGACGUCCGACAGACCCGGGAAGAGGCCUGGGCGCGCUGGAGGCGGGAAGCGGCGGAGACAGCGGCGGCUUCGCUCCUGGGGCAACAAUGGCAGGUGAAGACUGUGUAAGAAAACGUCCAUCUGGCUCCACUACAACCUGCAAGACCCCUGAUAAUGAACGAACACAGAGGAGACCCGAGAGUGAGAGGUCAUUUCAAAACUCAAGCAAUGGCCGUGUUGAUGUUGACCAUGUGAUAACAAGGAAAAUGCAGCUAAUAGCAGAAGCUGAGCAAUUGAAGCCAGCUUUCAUGAAGGAAGUGGAUAGUCACUUCACAGAGUUUGUGAACAGUUUGGUAGCAAAAUCGGCCCUCCUGGACUCCUCACCUUCAGCCUCCCUCUUCCCAGCUUCCUCCUCAGAGAAGGAGCAGCACAAAGCCAAGACCUUAAGGGCUCCCCCAGAGCAUGGGAAGAUCUUUAGUGCCAGAAGGUCCCUCUUGGAUGAGCUGUUUGAAGUGAGUCACAUCAGGACAAUCUACCACAUGUUCAUCGCCCUUCUCAUCGUCUUCAUCCUCAGCACACUUUUAGUGGACUUCAUUGAUGAAGGAAGGUUGGUCCUAGGAUUUGAUCUUUUGGUCUUUGUUUUCGGGAAGUUCCCAGUUGUCUUCUGCACCUGGCUGUGCAUGUUCUGUGCCACAGUUAUCAUCCCCUACAACCUUUUUGUCUGGUGGGCCCAAGGCUACUGCAGCUCCUCCCAUCGUAUCAUUCGGUCUCUUUUCUAUGGGAUGUUGUUCACACUCUUCCAAACAGCUGGCCUUGGAUUUGGACCAACCUAUGUUGCUGUAUCAUAUGCCCUGCCUCCAGCUUCCCGUUUUAUUGUAAUACUGGAACAGGUUCGUCUUGUUAUGAAGGCUCAUUCCUUUGUGAGGGAGAACGUGCCCAGAGUCCUCUCCUCUGUGAAGGACAAGUCCAGCACAGUACCUAUUCCCAGAAUUUCCCAAUACCUCUACUUCCUCUUUGCUCCCACCCUGAUCUACAGAGAUAACUACCCCAGGAAUCCCACUAUAAGAUGGGGCUAUGUAGCUACCAAGUUUGCACAGGUGCUUGGCUCACUUUUCUAUGCCUACUACAUCUUUGUGAGACUCUGCAUUCCUCAGUUUCGCAACAGUAGUCAAGAAACCUUCAAUCUUCGAGGACUUGUCCUCUGCAUCUUCAAUUCCAUUCUGCCAGGAGUCCUGAUCCUCUUCCUGGUUUUCUUUGCCUUCCUUCACUGCUGGCUCAACGCCUUUGCCGAGAUGCUGCGCUUUGCAGACAGGAUGUUCUAUAAGGACUGGUGGAACUCCACUUCCUAUGCAAACUACUACCGAACCUGGAACGUGGUGGUACAUGACUGGCUCUAUUACUAUGCCUACAGGGACUUCCUCUGGUUUUUUGGCAAGAAGUUCAAAGCAGCAGCUAUGCUAUCUGUCUUCACAGUCUCAGCUGCUGUGCACGAAUAUGUUCUGAGCAUCUGCUUCGGCUUCUUCUACCCAGUUCUGUUUUGCCUGUUUAUGUGCUUUGGAAUGGUCUUCAACUUCAUCCUGAAUGACCGUCGGAAAGGGCCCAUCUGGAAUGUCAUCAUGUGGACAUCCCUCUUCCUGGGCCAAGGUGUCAUCAUUUGCCUUUACAGCCAGGAGUGGUAUGCCCGCCAGUACUGCCCUAUGGAAAAUCCCACGUUCCUGGACUACUUAAAACCACGUUCAUGGUCAUGUCAUAUGAAGAUGUAAAAAAAGGGGCUCUGGCUGUGUCAUCAUCACAGAAGAUCAGAGUUGUCCUCCAAAUAUUUGGACCAGUGACCUAACUCACUACAAACUUUUUCUAAGGGAAGAUGUGCCUCCUGUUUAUUGGGGAGAAACUGUAAUUUUUUUAAACAUUACUGGGGCAAACCAGUUGACCUGGAUUGCAACAGGCUUCAUAGGCAGCAUCCUCAACAUGCUGUCCCUCCUUGAGCCAUUUCUAUGCCAGUAAAACAUAAUGCUGAAGGUUCAGUCUACUGGAAUCCUACUCAUCCAGGGGUUCUCCACAAGUUGCUGCUCUUCUGGACAAUAGAUAAUGUAGUCAGAUUUGCUAGGAACUCACUGUUGGUGUCUGUCCAUCUUUUGUAGCAAUCCCCUUGCAAUUUUUUUUCUGACUUUUGGUAAUGGGAUGUCAAUGAAACUUCUGUUCUUUGAGGUUCUGUCUGCUGCUAUGGCACAGACAAGUGGCAGAGCAACAGGGUAUUUGCCUCCUUGCUCUGAAAACAGCCAAAAUAAUCCUGGGUGGUUUUGAACUUCACUCUAUACAUGUUGACUGUUUACAGGUUUAAAAUGGGCAAAGGAAGAAGGGGCUGUCAGUUUACUUGUGGCUGCAUUGGAGAGUGGGGUUCAGAAGCAGGACACAGUGUGUGCAGUCUGUAUAUGACUUUUUACACUGAAAUGUUAUGUUUUCUCUGUAUUGAUUAAUGUCCCAACAGACUUACAGCAUUUUUGUUCUCUGAAGGCUCUCAGGGCUUGAGGAAUAGCUUGUUCCUUGUAGCUCUUCCUUUCCCUUGCUCCAGAUAAUCAGUUCUUUUAAAACACUUGUAAAAGAGCUGUUGCCUCAAUUUGGCAGGUUCUUUAAGGUGUGCAAGUUGUUAAGGCUUCCUUUAGUGAGAAAGUUUUGAAACACCAUGACCCAACUGUAAGAAAUGACAAUUGAUUUACAGAUACAUAGGGCAUUCUCAUCUGAAAUGGCCACAUCCAGUUCAAUGUGCCAGCACAGCCCUGUGCCUCUUCCCAAUGUGUGUUGCAGCAGCAGCAGCUUCCAACACCCUCAGUGGGAAAUGAGGGUUGGUGCCGUGGUUGGAGCCAGAGCUGCUUCUCAUCUGCCUGUGUCAGCCUUUCUGUCAGUAGGGACUUGAGGUGAAGAGCCUUUUUCCUAGGUAUUCUUUCUGAAAAGGCAGGGCAUGCUCUCAUGCAUGCUGUUAAAGGGAGGGGCAUUGUGUGAAUUAGGCAGUCCCUUCAGUUUCCUUGUUCUGCCAGAUGUUAGCCACAAAAAAAGGCUUACAUGGUAUCUGGGUAUGUACCUCUCCAGCCCCACUGCAGUUUUCAUGAUUAGAGAGGGAAAGUAAUCUGAUGGUGGUACCUUAACUUUGUUCACAGGGGUUUCUGAGUUAUCUAAAUAUUCUUUAUUGAGACUUUUUGGUCACAAUUUUUCCUUGCUGACCUGCAGCCUAGGUAUUGGAUACCAGCAGUAUUAGGACUGUUGAUGACUUCUCUCCCAGUCCACUUCUAUUUUUAGGGCUUCCGUUUUUCCUAACCUGAGUCAUAAAGUGACUGUGUGAAAGUUAGGAGAUGCCUAAACUCUUCCAGGUUCCUGGAAUUCCACUCUUCAGAAGGGACAUUGUGUCAGCUCAAAUUUGCCAAAUGUAAUGUUUGCUUUUGUGGCUUUGCUCUACAAGGAUUUCCCACUAGAAUGUAUUUGUUGAAACAACUGGGUUAAUUUCAGAGGAAGGAGUUAAUGUAUGUACUGAAACUUGGCAGUAUUAGUAUAUAAAAUCCUGAGAAUGAAAUGCAUUCCUUUCUCCUCAUUUGGGUGGAUUUAAUCCUAAAAUCUUUCACCAGACUUCUUGUGGGAGGAAGAAGAUAGAUGUGCUGGAGCAGCUGAGCUUCCUUUUUUUAAGAAA